UGGGGUAAAAGAGAGGGUUCAUAAUCGGUGGGACACCGCGGAGGGAAAACAGUGGCCGUUAAGUCAUGGAGAGGUUCAGUCCGCCGGCAGCGUCGUUGAAGAAAAGAAUCAGCCCUCCGAUCGCUUGGAAUCUUGGCCUCACCAGCAAGGAUCCAAGGAUCGUUAAAGUGAUCCUGUUGGGCCAUCAGGGUGUCGGCAAAACUGCUCUGGCUGUGCGAUUUGCGACGAAACGAUACAUAGGCGAGUACGAGAGCUCCACCGAAAGGAUUUACAAAGUGGACAACUUCCUGGACGCGACUUGGGAGAUAACCGAUCCCCCAGGGUAUUUACCACCACCGACUGAACUGAAAUUACGAUGGGCAGACGUGAUCAUUCUCAUUUAUUCAGUCUCGGACCGCGUCAGUUUCGACGAAACGUCUCGUCUUCGAUUUCUAGUAUCGCACGCAAGGAAAGCUAGGAAGGUGCCACCUGUAGUGGUGCUGAUAGCGAAUAAGUCCGACCUGACUUACAUCCCCGGCGAGAGGGUCGUUUCCACGGCCGAGGGGCAUCAAAGGGCCGAGGAAAUAGAGGCUCACGCGUUUCACGAGAUCUCCGUCAGGGAAUCCGUCGAACAGGUCAUGGCCGUUUUCACCGACAUCUUCAAACUGUUGACGGAAUUGCCGGGCAAUUCUGGCCAGCAAGGAAGUUCGUUCAGGGUGAGGGCAUCCACCGACGGGACCCUGAACGUCCUCCGGCGCCCUUCGCCAGUCCCCCUCAAGAGGAGAUUCAGCAUUUCCGUUCGUGGAACGCUUCAUUGAGAUUGAAUUCUUUAGAAUUUCUACUGUAAAACGCCGAUUACUAUUGUUCGUGUUUCUCGAAAUAUUAAAUCGUUCGUCCUCAGUUUUUAUUACAGCUAGUCUGCGGAUUUUUAUGCAAAAUUAAACAUUCAUGUUCUCAAUUUCAAAAAUGAGAUUUAGAAUUCUGUUACCCUUUAAAAAUAUUGAUGUGCGUACAUUUUAUGUUCCUCUUUUGCAUACUGCAUGCAUUUUUUAUAUAUUGAACAUAUAUUUUAUAUAUGCAUAAAAUCCGCAGUCUAGUUAAAGCGUUCUGAUUUUAAGAACUAUUAAUUUAUUAUUUUAAUACUUGUAAAAUUCUACAAUAUGAUGUUUUAUGUUGUUACCAUCGACGAAAGAGAAAUUUUUUAUUGACCAUGUAUAGAAUAGGAAAAACGUGCUUUGGAGGAGCUUCUGUCUCCCUCCCUCUCUCUCACAUACAAGUAGAAAAAAGACACCCUUUUAUAUAUUUUCUUUUUCUCAAUCCUCUAAUCUCAAGUCUCCUAUUUGGGUACUCGAUCUAUUCUCAUAUGUAGACUGCGGAUUUUUAUGCUAAAUAAAAAAGUUUGUUAUAUAAAUUUAAAAAACGAA